AAGAGAAACAGAAAUAUAUAUUCGAAUCCAUGGAAGAUGUCGAUGUAGCAGUUAGAAAUCUCGAGAUAAAAUCAUUAUCAUUUCUCUCUGUUUAUCAAAAAGAUAAAUCAUUCGGAGUUGCUGAUAUUAAUUUAAAAAUCACAAGAUUCCCUUCGAAGAUAUCAAGAACAAGGAGUCACCAAAUCCUUUGGUCCGGAACUCCUUUUGUGAUUGUUGGAAAAAAACCUUUUUGGUACGAAGUUCUGUCCCGGCUGAUAACUACAAGGUUUGUUUGGGUCGCGAAAACAACUAUCCGUCAUGUACUUGCUUGGAUUGGCGUAAAACCUUGUUGCCCUGUAACCACAUCCUAUCCGUCAUUAGUGGCAAUGUCGCAGAUGUAUCCUGGAAAUCUUUAUCGUCGCGAUACACUUUAUCUCCUUUUUUCAUUUUGGAUCAUGAAGUUGUUAGCAACGAUUUUAUUGACAUUAAUUAUGUCAAAACCGAGUCCGUUUUAAUGGAUUCUAUUCCUAAAAUAUGUUUUCCAAAUAGGUUCAAGGCCUCGUCUCGCAGAGAAAUUUAAACCAAACCAAGAGCUUGUCAUUCAUAGUGUAUGAUAAUGAUGCACUAGACCACCUUCAUAAAACCUUGACUCAGGCUUUAAAUGAUCUAUCAUUUCAUGCUCCCAAGGAAGACAAUUUGGUCGUGGAAAGACCAAAAGUUAUA